AUGAAGAGGUCUGCUUUUUGUCGCCCAGAUCGUCCAACCGACGUUAAGGUGAAUUGUAUAGAUUUUGUCGCUCAGUCAACUGCUGUCGUUACUUGGCAUCCGGGUUCAGACAAUUAUGCGCCUAUAAUUGAGUACAUGGUGGAAUUUUCCACUCAAUAUGAGCGCGAUACUUGGUAUCCGGCCGAAUUGUUCAAUGUCAGCGGCCUGGUGCGAUCCACUGAUGUAAAGGUAGGAUCAUACUUAACUUUUAAUUGA